GGAAUGUUCUACUGAGUUUCGUCUCCACAGCUGGAUUUCAUUUCAUUUCAUUUCUGAAUCAAACCUAAGUGUAAUCAGCUGGACAGAUAGUUUAUCCACACCGGAGCUCCACAGUCCAUCUUUAUCUCAUCUUUCUCGAGGAGGCUGGUGGUAUGAGUGUGUGUGGCAGGAAAGCACUGACCCUGCUGAGCAGUGUGUUUGCAGUGUGUGGCCUGAGCCUGCUGGGCAUAGCUGUUAGCACUGAUUACUGGCUCUACCUAGAAGAGGGCAUCAUCCUUCCCUUCAACCAGAGCACCAGCAUCCACACAUACCUCCAUUCUGGCCUGUGGAGGCUCUGCUUUCUGACAGGAGAGGAGAUGGGCCGCUGCUUCACUAUAGAGUAUGUAAUGCCUAUGAGUGUGCAACUGACCAGUGAAUCGACAGUCAGUGUCCUGAAGUUGAUUCGCACAGCCACCCCCUUCCCUCUGGUCAGCCUCUUCUUCAUGUUCAUCGGCUUUGUGCUCAGUAACCUCGGACACGUUCACCCUCAUCGCACCGUACUGGCCUUCGCUUCGGGAAUCUUCUUCAUCCUCUCAGGACUUUCUCUGGUGGUGGGUCUCGUUCUUUACAUCUCCAGCAUCAAUGACGAGAUGCUGAAUAGAAGUAAAAGUAAUGAGGCCUAUUUUAGCUACAGAUAUGGCUGGUCCUUUGCAUUUGCUGCAGUCUCUUUUCUACUGACAGAGAGUGCAGGCGUCAUGUCAGUCUACCUGUUCACUAAGCGCUACACAGCUGAGGACCUGUACAGGCCGCACACGAGCUGCUACCGGCCGCGUCUCAGCAACUGCUCCGAUCACUCCACCCAGUUCCUGCAGCGGCGGCACAGUCCCUCAGACAUCUCCAGUGAGGCCUCUCUCCAAAUGAACAGCAGCUACCCAGCCCUGCUCAAGAGCCCUGAGUAUGAACAAGUCUCCUCCUCACUCUGCUGAACACAGAUGGAGUGAUGUGAAGGUUGGCAGGUAGACAGGGAGAGAAAUGUCUGACUGGGCGAAUAGAUGGAAAUCAUUUAGAAGAGGUAUUUUUGUUUAUAUAAAUGUAAUGUAGAGACACCACAACUUUAGAGAUGUUUUUUAACAAUUUAAAAUAUAGCUGUUCAUAUGACAUAGCUGUCUUAGUAUUGUUGAUUUCGUAGUGAUGCUGUGAACCGAUGAACCGCUGAAAUGAUUUUUGUCUUGCUCAAAAUUAUUAAGUCUUUUUCACCAGCAGGGGGCAGAAAUGCAUCACUGCUAACCUGCUCUUCCUAACCAACCACAAUGACUGGGUUUAUUUACAACUGAUUAUUGACUGCUUUUACACUGUGGAUAUUUAUGCUGUACAGCCAUAUUAAAUUAAGUAGAAGUUUUAUGACUAUGGCUCUAAUAUCGCAAGCAGGUAAUCAGUAACAGAUGCAGUGUACAGUAAGGCGUCUGCAUUCACUUUCCAGUUCCAUCUGCUCAUCUUCAUAACGAGUCUCUCUGAAAGAUCUGUGAAGUUGUUCUUCUGUAUGACAGAAGUGUAGUGAUAGGGCAUCAAAUCAACAGCAGAAAACAGUAGGUCCUUUAUACUUUAGUCAAGUUUGUGUAAGAUGUUUAUGAAAGUAAACUGUAUGAAACUACAAAUUCCUGCUAGAUUUAAAAAUCUUCUGGUGACCCUGAAGUUUACGAAUCGUCUAUAAACAUCGAAAAAGUUUUUUAAGUUACAGCAAUUAUCCACAUCCCCAAAACAUCAUAGACAGGUGAUAGAAAAGGUGGAUUUGGUGUAAAUUAGUUGAAAAGUAAAUGGUUUGACAUGAGAAUUUAGAUAAAAGAAGAAAACUACACUGUACAUGAGUACAGCACAUCAUUUAGGAAACUGAACUGGUGACCGGUCAUGGACUGGAUGUCUCUAAAAUCGAUGCGGAAAAGCCAAGAGGAGAUGUCGUUAGAAAAGAAGACUUAUCUAACGACAAGUGACUUAGAAAAGAGAUUAUGGCACGCUAUGGAUUUUACAGAUUUUAUGGCUCAUUGAUCGGUCAGAUCGCAUAUCACUCUUUGAAAUGUGCCAGUACCAAGAAACCCAAACACUGAUAAACUUGGAUAUGAUAAGGAUUAGCACACAGUUGUUUACUCCAAUUAUUCCUGCCUCUAAAGUGUUGAAGAACCGAUUUAUAAGCCAGCUUUCAUCCUGUGCUAAAAUACAAAAACAAAAACAAAAAAAAAACAUACCAUGCACUAAAUAUCUCUAAAUGUGUUCACUGCCAGACUUAGCAUGUGCUAUAGAGUAUAUUCCUGCCUCAUUCAAUACAGUGCCAUUUCU